GUAACUGUCAUCCUUCUGUGUUGUUCCUCAUCUGUGCUGGAGACAUGGCGGGUGGAUUCUACAUCAGCAAAACGGUGGCAGCAGUCUGUCUGGUUGGAGCUGCUGGAGCUUUAGCAGUCAUCAUUGGCCUCUCAGUGUUGUAUGCUCAGGAGAAGUCGAAGAAUGUUGAGUUACUUCCAACCACUGCUGGACCCAGUACAACCACACCAUCUGGACCCAAAGAGCCCUGGGACUACUACAGACUUCCGAAAACCCUCUCUCCUGUCCGCUAUAACAUCACCUUGCGGCCGCGGCUGACGCCCAACACUGAUGGUCUGUACGUCUUCACCGGACACUCCCAGGUUCUUUUCAGAUGUGUGAUCGAGACUGAUCUCAUCCUCAUCCACGCCAACAAGCUGGACUUUACUAAGUUUGAUGGAUUUCUUGCCAAACUGUCCAUGGAUGGAGAUACAGCACCCACCCUGAAAAAAACCUGGCUGGAGGCUCCCACCCAGUACCUGGUGAUUCAGCUCAACGAGCCGCUGCAGCCCGGCAAAUUUUACAAGCUCUACACAGAGUUUGUUGGAGAGUUGUCAGAUGACUUGGGAGGCUUCUACAGGAGCGAAUACUUUGAAGACAACGUGAAAAAAAUUGUAGCAACAACUCAAAUGCAGCCAACAGAUGCCAGAAAAGCUUUCCCCUGCUUCGAUGAGCCAGCAAUGAAAGCUGUCUUCCACAUGACCUUGAUUCAUCCUCAGGGGACUGUGGCUUUGUCUAACUCCAUCAACUACGAUCCUGUCAACAUCACUGUGAAUGGAGAGAGCUUAAUUGAGACCAGCUUCGAACCUACUGAGAUCAUGUCAACAUACUUGUUGGCUUUCGUUGUAUGUGAUUUUGCAUACAUUGGGACGAAUCCGGAUGCAGGUGUCUUGAUCAGGAUCUGGGCUCGCAGGAAGGCCAUUGAAGAAGGCCAGGGGAACUAUGCACUGGCGAAGACUGGACCCAUAUUGGCAUUUUUUGAGAACUACUACAACUCUUCCUACCCUCUCAAAAAGUCAGACCAGAUUGCUCUUCCUGACUUUAGCGCUGGAGCGAUGGAGAACUGGGGUUUGAUCACAUACAGAGAGACAGCUCUCCUGUACAAUCCUGGAGUGUCGUCUAAUGGAGACAAAGAGUGGGUGGCAACUGUCAUCUCUCAUGAGCUAGCUCAUAUGUGGUUUGGGAACUUGGUGACCAUGAGGUGGUGGAACGACUUGUGGCUCAAUGAAGGGUUCGCCACCUAUGUGUCUUAUCUAGGGGCUGAUUACGCUGAGCCUGACUGGAAUAUGAAAGAUUUAAUUGUUCUUAAUGAAAUUGUCGGUGUGAUGAGGGUGGAUGCCUCAGCUUACUCCCACCCCCUCUCUUCCAAAGAGGAGGAAGUCCUGAAACCAGAUCAGAUUAAUCAACUGUUUGACUCCAUCACAUACAGCAAGGGUGCAGCAGUCCUCAGAAUGCUCUCAGACUUUAUUACAGAAACGGUCUUUUCUAAAGGACUUCACACAUAUUUAGAGGAGUUUGCGUAUAACACCACAUCCUACAAAGACCUCUGGAAGCACCUGCAAAUGGCAGUAGAUAAAGCUGGUGUAGCAUUGCCUCAUUCUGUGGAGGUCAUUAUGAACCGAUGGACCCUACAAAUGGGCUUCCCAGUGGUCACCAUCAACACCCAGACUGGAAAAAUCACACAGGAACACUUUCUGCUGGAUCCAGACUCUGUUGUGGACACACCUUCACAGUUCAACUACGAAUGGUUUGUCCCUGUUACCUGGAUUAAGACUGGCGGUUCUGAACAGCAGUACUGGCUUCUUAACAAGGAAGACACAAACACAGACCUGGUUCUUGGUGCCUCUGAUUGGUUGGUGGCCAACGUAAACAUGACUGGUUUCUAUAGAGUCAACUACGACGAAACAAACUGGGAGCGUCUAAUUGCCAGGCUGACCUUAAACCAUCAAGAAAUUCCUGUGAUCAAUAGGGCUCAGAUUAUUGAUGAUGCCUUUAAUCUUGCAAAGGCAAACAUAAUUGAGACAACUCUGGCUCUGAGGAUGACUACAUUCCUGAAUAAAGAAGUUGAAUAUAUGCCCUGGGAGACAGCCAGGCGUAACCUGAAUUACUUCUUUCUUAUGUUUGACCGCAGUGAGUUGUAUGGACCCAUGCAGGCCUACAUGAAAAAACAGGUCACCCCCUUGUUUCAUUACUUCCGAGAUCUCACUGUGAAUUGGACAAAGAUCCCAGAAAAGCACACAGAUCAAUACAAUCAGAUCAAUGCGAUCUCCCUGGCCUGCAGCUCAGGAGUGGAAAGCUGCAGAGAACUUACAUCUGGCUGGUUUAAAGAGUGGAUGAACAACCCUGCUGUCAACAGCAUCGAUGCCAACCUGAAGUCCACAGUGUACUGCAAUGCGAUUGCAGCUGGAGGAAAAGCACAAUGGGACUUUGCAUGGGAGAUGUACAAGAACGCCACGAUUGCCUCAGAGGCAGAAAAACUUAUGUAUGCUCUGUCCUGCACCCAAGAGCCCUGGCUGUUAAACAGGUAUCUACAGUACUGCCUGGAUCCAGAGAAGAUCCGGAAGCAGGAUGUAUCUAAUACUUUUAUUUACAUUGGACGUAACCCAGUCGGCCAACCUCUGGCUUGGGAUUUUAUUAGAGCCAACUGGCUCUACAUAUUAAACGAAUAUGGCAGAGGAACAAUUUCCAUUGUAAGUAUUAUUAAUGGACUGACGGAACGAUUCUCUACUGAGUAUGAAUACAAACAGUUGGAGCUUUUCAAAAAAGAGGUUGAAGCAAUUCUUGGCUCAGCAGCUGGGAUAUUUGAUCCAGUGCUGGAGAGAACCAAGGCCAACAUGAACUGGGUGGCCCUAAACAAGAAACCACUGUCUGAUUGGUUGAGCAGUCAAACAUCUGGAAUUUAGUGUACAGAGGAUAAAUCAUGCAACAGAUUUUUCUACAAAUCAUUUUUUUUUUUUUUUGCCUGAAAGCAGACAUGUAUUUAAACUUUGUGGAUAUUUUUUGAUCAAAUAUUUUUAAUGAAGCGUUUUGGUAAAAAAAAUAUUUUAUGAAAUAAAUUUAUUUGAUUAUAUGUGUGCUUUUUAUCAGGG